AUGGCCGAACCAUCGAGCCCGGCACAACUUCCGCUAGCUCCUCCACGGGGAGGCGGGGACGCGGGUGCCAACUUGGGCUCGGAUGGAAGCGCCGGCAGCUCCGGCAACAAGCGCGCGUCUAGCGACAGCGCCAAUCAAGGCGGCAACUCCACCGAGAAGAUGAGCAGCGGCGCUACGACGCUCAAGCGCGCCAUCGAUUCCAACAAGGGUGCAGACACCGAGAACGAAGACAAUGAAAGUGGUCGGCAGUCUCCACCCACUCAAGAGGGCGACAACUUUACCCAGCGCGUGCUCCGCAAGCAGCGCAGUAUUUCCGGGCGCAUCCUGUCCACGCAAGAGGCCCUCGCCAUGCCCGUCUCCCGGCAGCGACCAACUUCGUACAAGCCGGACGGCGCAUUCUGCAUGGUCAGCGUCCCUGUGCGUCUAGAUCACAUCGGCAGCAACCACUUUGUCCGCGAAGGGUAUGGCGGACUGGAAGUGCUGACGUCGAUCGAGGGGCUCACUGCUACAGACUUGGCCGAGCUGAAUGAGCUGGUCGGCGAGCGCGAGGACGUCAACGAGUUCUUCCUUCGCCCUCUCGACGAUUCGCCCAACCCGACCGAAUUGGAGACCUUGCUCAAUUCUCUUUCUGCGCGUCGCGAGAUGGCUUCCAUUCUGUCCGUCUACGAGUGCCGUGACUUGGCUACGCGAAUAUUCGGUAUGACCACCAUCAUGCGGCGUGCUCGUCAAAAGGAGAACACACAGCUUCGGGUCGCGUUGGGUCAGUUGGUCGGGCAGUGGCAGGUCAUCACGGACCACCUCAAGGAGGAAAAGAAGAGGACCGCCGAGCGUUACCGGGCGGACUUCAAGAAGUUGAUGGCAGAGCACGAAAGCGAAAAGCAGUCUCUGUGGGACCAGAUUGCAGCGCUAGAGGCCAAGCUCGGUACGUCCAACAAGUGUGUCGAGUCUCUCUCGUCUCACGCCUUCGACGUGGACCGAAUGAUGAACUUCCUGAACCGCAACCAGACCAAGGUGACCGGAAACUGGCGUCGCCUGGAGGAGCUGUUCAAGCGUCACAAGCUCGGUACGACUCCGCCACCUGAAUGGCAGACACUGAUCAACGUCACUUCGGCAGAUGAGAUGUUCGCCGAGCCUGGUCCGUUCGACUUUCGCCACGAAAAUGACACCGAAGAGAAAGAUAACGGUGGCGACUCCGGGCCGAAUGGCAACUCUGGAUCGAGCGGGAGCACCAAACCAAGCGGCCGGCGCGUCUCCAUUCGUCAACGUGAGGUGCCGGACCAAGUGCAGUGGCGCCCUAUUGCAUGGGAUGCGUCAGGCGACGCUGCUCGCCCGGUCGGCAAGGAGUGCCUGAUCGACGAGAGAAGACUGCGUCUGGUCAUGCGCACCGGAUUAACGUAUCACGCUGUCAUGAAACUGCUGGACAAGGACACGGUGGCCCACGACAUGUUCUUCCUGUUCGAGUUGUCCUGUAUGCUGGCGCGCAUGAUGUUCUGGAAUCGCUUGGACUCCACGUACUGGACGACGUACGUCCCGGAGAUUUACUACUUGCGCGCGGAGGCGAUACUGGAACGGUGGGCAGACGACAGCGAGACACCGGAAUACUGGCCAGACCUGAUCGACUACACUCAGGAUGACAGCGACUUGCUUCUCGGACCGGAUGACGACGAGGGCGACAGCGAGAGUCGUGACGCCACGUCCAAGCGUCGUACCAGUUCGAUGUCGUCACAGCCGGAUUCGGUGUCCAGUGCACCCUCAGACAAGAAACGGAGGAAGGCCCGGCCGUGCGAUGACCGCAAGAAAUCGCCCCUGGCCCGCAAGGACAUGACCGAGCUCACACCGGAAGAAUUGAAGGUGAUCGAGAAGCCGGGUCCGGGCGUCACGUCUUGGCGUCACAAGGGGAUCCUGACUACGUUCGCACCCAGUACGGUCAACGCUGUCGACCAGUCUCCCGGGUUUCCCGAUUACGCACCGAACCACAAUGGUGGUUCGAAAACUCUGAAGGCGCGGUUCCGGCCCGACGAGUAUGAGGUCAUUCUGGAUAGCAAUCCUGGUGGGCGCAUGAUCCGACGACGCGUCGUACACCUUUUGUUCCACAAGCGCAGCACACUAGCGGAUAGCACUCUCGAGGUUCUGUCCGAGGUCGUGACCUACAUGAAAGAGAACGCGCUGACUUUCUGGCACGCCGGUCACUGGAUCACGUUCGAUGCGGACAGCGUGGAGGCCGCUAGGGUCCAAGUGGCACGCAAGAAACUUCAUGACGCGGCCAUCAAGGACUACAACAAGUUCAUCGCCAAGCUGAAAGCGUCUGGAGCGCCCAAGACCAUCCUGUACGAACCAGGCAUUUGGGUGUACCCCGCCAAGCUGUGCCACUGGAUCCUGUUCGACCGGUCGGAGACAAACCUCGGCACCGAGCCAUACACAAUGAUAGAGCAGUUGGCGAUCCUGGACCGCGCGGAACCCGCCCGCAUCCAGUGGACCGGAUGGUCCACCAACGACCUUGUCGCUGCUCGUCCUCACGAGAUCCGAGACAUGAUCCUGCCUCCAAACGAGCUGCGCGACAACUGGGCCUCUGCCGAGCACCAAAACUAG